AUGACAACCAUGGCCUGUCCGCCCCGGCCGAAGCUCGACAUCAGUCACCAAUCCUCGUUCGCCAUACCCGUUCCCCAGGCGCACACCGACGAUCGCCAAACCACUGUGUGA